UCGGCUGCGAUCGAGAGCUACCUCUGUUAUCGUGAAGCGCAACUCCAUAAAUCAACGAUGCCUUCCUUCGUGCUCAUCCCCCACUGGACUCGGAUAACGAAUCGCUUCACUCGUUUUGGCGUUUAUUUCCAUCUGUGGAAGUAAUCCCCAGCGUACUUACUCAGUAACUCGAACUAAAAGAUGGAGCCGAUGGAUAUCGUAGGGAAGUCGAAAGAGGACGCUUCGCUUCCCAAAGCAACUAUGACCAAAAUUAUAAAGGAAAUGUUACCUCCAGAUGUACGUGUUGCUAGAGAUACUCAAGAUCUUUUAAUCGAGUGUUGUGUUGAGUUCAUUAAUCUUAUUUCAUCAGAGUCCAAUGAAGUUUGUAACAGAGAGGAUAAACGAACAAUAGCACCUGAGCAUGUACUCAAGGCUUUAGCGGCCCUUGGGUUCGGAGAGUACAUUGAAGAGGUAUAUGCUGCAUAUGAGCAACACAAGAUUGAGACAAUGGACUCUUUGAAAGGUGGGAAAUGGAGCAACGUAGCGGAGAUGACCGAGGAAGAAGCAGUAGCUGAGCAGCAGAGAAUGUUUGCGGAGGCACGUGCGAGAAUGAACGGUGGUGCUGUUGCCCCAAAGCAACCAGAUCCUGACCCAAGUGUAGAGAGCUAAUCCUUUAGGACCAUUUUAGCGUAGGCAAGAAUCCUCGACUCUUAUAAGUUGUGAUCUCAUAUAUUGUGUACAGAAAAUAGAAAGGAAAAGCCAUUGGGUGGUGUAAUGGCGUUUGUGGAUAAUUGUACCUUUUAUUUUGUCCAUAAUUGUUUAGUUAGUGAGAGAUUGUUCAUUUCCAUGUGUGCCCAAACCUUUCUAUGUAAUUGUUUGUCAACCUUAUAAAUAGUAUUUUAGUUGACAAAUCUUGCUGAUGUAACAAGGCCCUAGCUCUAGUUGGAGUCACCGCAUCCG